AUGAAUUCCGACGAAGGGGCAUCUUUCACGCCCCCUGAUUUCUGGGGAUUACGCAGAGCGGAAGAGAUGAGAAAACAAAAGGCAGAGAAGGCCAAAGAAGAUGCAGCCAAGCUCGAUGAGCUGAAAACCAAGAUGGGUGUGGACCAGGGCUGUGGUCAUUUUGCAAACGCCAGGGAAGAGGGACCUGCUAGUGGAAUGGAUAACUCCGAAGCGGUUGGGGUGCUCAAACUUCUUAAUCUGGGAUGCAAGGAAGUAAACUUUCGGCUAGCGAUGCGAGGUGAGCGCGAGGCAGUCCGCGUCUCCAACGGAGACUUCCGCCUAUCGAUGACCGUUUAUCCUAAUGAGUCUCCGUACUACCCUGAGACCGAUAUGAUCGAUUUUAUGCUGAAAAAGAAAGGCGAUCCCGACUUCAAGUUCAAGGCCGAAGUGCAGCUAAUAGAUGAGAACGGCGAAAUGGAAAUGGUCUUCCCGGAUGAGGAUGGUAACGAUCGAAUGUUCACUAGCAAAGAAUCGACCAAAGGGUUCCAGCACAUCUCCGACUUUGUUAAUCUGCGCGAAUACGGAGUGCGCCGAGGCUAUCAAGAUUCUUACUUGAUCCGAAUCAAUGUUUCUGUUCUAUUUCUUCUGUACGAACUUCAGAAAAUGAAUCCCGACAAAGCAAACAAAAAACGCAAACUUGAAGACCCGGAAAUGAAAAAGGCCAAAAAGGCGAAAGCGAACAAAGCCAAGCUCGAUCAGCUGAAGAGCAAGAUGGGUGUCGAUCAAGGUUACGGCCAUUAUGCUGACGCAAACGUAGUGGGUCCUGGUGGAAUGGGCAAGACUGAGGCGAAAGAGGUGCUGAAACUCCUAACUUUGGGUUGCAAGGAGGUCAAUUUUCGGCUGGACAUGAGCGGCGAGCGCGAAACAGUCCGGGUUACUUAUGGCGACUUCAGCCUGUGGAUGAAGGUUUAUCCAGAUGACUCCCAAUACUACCGUGACAUGGACUCGAUGAAUUUCAUGUUGAAAAAGAAGGGCGAUCCCGACUUCAAAUUCAAGGCCGAGAUUCAGAUAGUGGGCGCGAACGAUAAGGAACUGCGGGCUACAUUCCCAGAUCAAGAUGAUUUCGAUCGAGAACACUUCAGCGGAGAUUGGGACAACGGGUUCCAGCACAUAUCCGACGAAUUUCAUCUCCGGGAUUACGGAUGGCGCCGAGGAUGGUCCGAUUACUAUUACUUACUCCGAAUUAACGUUACUGUUUUGUAA